CUCCUCAUUUUUCGAAACUCACACGGAGCACCUACGAAAUGUCAAAUAUAAUAAUUCAAGAUGAUCCCGAAGCUCUACUCGAAGAGAUGAAUAAAAACCCUCCCUGCGAAUUUGGAUUAUCGUUAGAAGAGUUACUUACUCCGCGCAAACAAAAAACAAAAUCACAAAAACCACCUCGUGCACAAAAUAAGUUCAUUUUAUAUCGGAAACAUUAUGUUACACGCGCGAAGAAGGAGAAUCCUCAAAGGACAUCAGGAAUGAAAACGCAUGAACUUUCGAAGGAAGCAAGUCAAAGUUGGGAUUCUGAGUCGAAUGAAGUAAAACGGAUAAACAAGUGGCCUUUGAGGAAAGCUUCAGAUGGAGUUAAAGAGGAGUUUGAAGAAUAUAUCGAUUUUAACCAAUGUGGCAAUCUAACAAAAUAA